AUGGACAUUCUGCAGCGUCUGGGAACGAUAGAGAUAGUGGAGAGUACGCAGAGGGUUUGUAGUACGUGGUGGAAGGUUUGCCAUGAUCCCGCUAUGUGGCGUGUUAUUGACUUGAAAUAUGACCCUCCCUGUGUCAAGCAUUGUGUGCUGAAGAAAAUAUGUCGGAUUGCGGUGGAUCGUAGCCAGGGCCAGUUACUCAAAAUUAGCAUCCACAAGUUUGGUAACAAAGACUUGCUCUAUUACAUUGCUGAGAGUGUUGCUGGAAGUUUGUCGUCAGCCGCUAAGAACUUGCCGUUGUUGGAGGAGUUGCACAUCCACUUGACCUUAAUUACUGAAGAAGAUAUAGAAAGUGUUGGUCGUUAUUGCCCUCUACUUAAGUCAUUUACAUUGAAUGCCCGUGUAUGUUUUAACUUUGGAUAUUCACGACUUCCAGAUGAUGGUCAAGCCUUAGCUAUUGCUACAAGUAUGCCUGAAUUGCGGUGCCUUGCACUAAUUUUGAAUCCCUUGACAAGUGUAGGACUUGAAGCUAUUCUUGAUGGCUGUCCACACCUUGUAUCACUUGACUUGCGCCGCUGUAAUAAUAUUGAUCUUGUAGGGGAUAUAGGAAGAAGAUGCAGAGAACAGAUUGCAAAUCUAAAGCAACCUCAUGAUUAUGAAUUUGAUUCUGAAGUUUCACGUCAUUACUUGUCCUCUUAUGAUAACUACAAAUCUAGGAUGAUAUAUAGUUGUCUUGAUUCUGAUACAUUCACCGGCUACAGGAACUUCCUCAGCUACAGACACUAUCAUGAGUCCAGUGAUGAUGAUGAUUACUUUGAUAUUCCGUAUUAA